AUGUACGGGAGAGGUCGACGCGGUGGCUCGCCUGCUCCGACAAAAGGAGGAGGGCGUGGCAGAGGACGCGGAGCUCCACUUCCUUCUCCUAUGGCUUCGUCCGAGGCCGACUCUAUCUCAUCCGUGAGCCAGCUCGGUGGUGAGAUGGAGCGGCUUAGUGUUCAAACUGAACCACCUGCUCCUACUCAGGCGCCAGCGGCUAUUCCUGCACUGCAACAACAGAAGCAGCAGCAGCAGCAACUCGUACCGGCUUCCUCUGUGAAGUUCGCUCAAAGACCUGAUCACGGUACGGUGGGAUCCCGGUGUCUCAUUAGAGCUAACCACUUUCUUGUUGAGCUCGCUGACCGAGACUUGCAUCACUACGAUGUUUCUAUAACUCCUGAGGUUGCAUCUCGAGGGGUCAACAGAGCAAUAAUGAGAGAGCUGCUUGCUUCGAAUAGCACACACUUCCAGAGUAGAAAACCUGCUUAUGAUGGAAGAAAGGGAUUCUACACUGCUGGACCUUUAACAUUCACCUCAAAGGAUUUUGUGGUUACCCUUGUAGACAAAGAUGAUCAAGGAUCUGUGAGAAAAGAGAGGAAAUUCAAAGUCACUAUCAGGUUGGCAUCCAAAACAGACCUUUAUCAUCUCAAGGAGUUCCUGCAGGGAAGACAAAGGGGUGCGCCGCAUGAUACCAUACAAGUACUCGAUGUAGUCCUAAGGGAAUCACCAUCCAACAAUUGCACCAUCGUUGGGAGGUCUUUUUUCACAGCAGAUCUGGGUGGCCAAAAUGAGAUUGGUUAUGGUAUAGAAUGCUGGAAGGGAUUCUACCAGUCUCUACGCCCAACGCAGAUGGGAAUGUCUCUUAACAUAGAUGUGUCAGUCGCUGCCUUCUACGAGCCGAUUCUUGCUGUUGACUUCGUUGCAAAACUAUUAAAUUUAGGAGAUCCAAUUAGAGCAGCAACCAGGCCUUUGUCAGAUAGUGAUCGAGUAAAGUUGAAAAAAGCUUUGAGAGGAGUCAGAGUAAAAGUUACCCAUGGAGAGGAGAAGCGUUACAAAAUCACUGGAAUAUCUCCUUCAGCAACAAACCAACUAAGGUUUGCUGCUGAAGAUGGAAAACAAAAAUCAGUUGUCCAAUACUUCCUGGAAAAAUACAAUAUAAGGCUUCGUUUUGCAUCCUGGCCUGCUCUUCAAUCAGGAAAUGAUUCAAGACCAAUAUUCCUGCCUAUGGAGUGUUGCAAGAUUAUCGAAGGACAAAGGUACUCAAAGAAGUUGAAUGAGAAGCAGGUGACAGCCUUAUUGAGAGAGGCCUGCAGGCGCCCUGUUGAGAGAGAACAUAGUAUUGAGCAGAUUGUUCAUUUUAAUGACGCUGCACAAGAUGAUCUAGCCAAAGAAUUUGGAGUCAGUGUCAAAAAGGAGCUGACUUACAUCGAUGCCAGAGUCUUGCCACCUCCGGUGCUCAAGUACCAUGAUUUGGGAAAAGCUAGAACUGUAAGACCCCGAGUGGGGCAGUGGAACAUGAUUAAUGCUAAAUUGUUCAAUGGGGCCACAGUGAACUUUUGGAUGUGUGUCAACUUCUCAAGUCUUGGUGAGCAAAUGGCUGCUAGCUUUUGUCGAGCCCUGGUAGGCAUGUGCAACAACAAGGGGAUGGUCAUAAAUCCUGCACCUGUAUUCCCAAUACGGUCUGGCCAUCCUAACCAGCUGGAGAAAACAUUGACCGAAGCUCACAGCAUGUGUAAUAAUGAAAGAAAACAGCUUCAAAUCUUAAUUAUCAUUCUCCCUGAUGUCAGUGGAAGUUAUGGCACAAUAAAAAGAGUAUGCGAAACUGAACUUGGGAUAGUUUCUCAAUGCUGUCAACCCAAGCAAGCAAGAAAGUGUAGUCCUCAAUACUUGGAAAAUGUUGCACUGAAAAUUAAUGUGAAGGCUGGAGGGCGAAACACAGUAUUAGAGGAUGCCCUGAAUAGGAGAAUACCUCUUCUAAGUGACACCCCAACUAUAAUCUUUGGUGCUGAUGUAACCCAUCCACAACCAGGGGAGGAUUCUAGCCCUUCAAUAGCUGCGAUUGUGGCAUCAAUGGACUGGCCUGAAGUAACCACCUACAGGGGCCUGGUAUCUGCUCAGAAACAUCGUCAAGAGAUUAUUCAAGAUUGUGCUGGAAUGAUCAGGGAACUUAUGGUUGCUUUCAGAAGAACAACUAAUCAGAAACCUAGCAGAAUAAUUUUCUAUAGGGAUGGUGUUAGUGAGGGCCAGUUCAGCCAAGUUCUCCUGUACGAGAUGGAUGCUAUCAGAAAGGCUUGUGCAUCUCUGGAACCAAACUAUUUGCCACCAGUUACUUUUAUUGUAGUGCAGAAGAGACACCAUACUCGGCUCUUUGCUACAAAUCCUAACCAAACAGACAAGAGUGGAAACAUCCUUCCUGGAACGGUUGUUGAUACAAAGAUAUGCCAUCCUUCAGAGCACGACUUUUAUCUCUGCAGUCAUCCAGGAAUUCAGGGGACUAGCAGGCCGGUGCACUAUCAUGUGUUGUGUGACAUGAACAAAUUCACUGCUGAUUGCCUGCAGAUGUUGACUAACAACCUGUGCUACACGUAUGCAAGGUGCACCCGCUCUGUUUCUGUGGUUCCUCCUGCAUACUAUGCACACUUGGCUGCAUUCAGGGCAAGAUACUACAUAGAGGGGGACAUUGCAUCUGAUAGUGGUGGCGGUGGCGGCAGCACAGGACCUCUUGUGAGGAGGGAAGCUGCCCCUGUCCGCCCACUUCCAGCCAUCAGCCCCAACGUGAAGAAUGUUAUGUUUUACUGUUGAGUCCUCGGUUUUUUCAGACCUUUUGAUUACAGAAGUGUAUCAACUUUUGAACUAAAGCUAUAGCUACCAUUGGGAUAUGCAUUUUAAGGGGCAAUUUUGUGUUUCUGAGAACAUUCCCUCAUAUUGUGAAAGCUUCUAUGAUACUAGUUUUAAUUAAACGCUGAAACUUGAUAUGGCGGUCCUUCUCUAA